AUGGUAAACUCAACUCAGAUUUCAUACUUCACAUUCAAUGCCUACUUUGACAUUGGUCUUUUAAAAUAUUUAUGUUUUCUGAUUGUUAUGUUGCUAUUUAUUUUAAUUGUUUGUUCCAAUCUCCUGCUCAUCGUGGUUAUCUGCAUGAACAGAAGCUUACAUGAACCUAUGUACAUUUUCCUGUGCAGCCUGUUUGUAAAUGAACUGUAUGGUAGUACAGGGUUGUUUCCAUUCCUGCUGGUUCAGAUCCUCUCUGACGUUCACACUGUUUCUGCUUCAUUUUGCUUUCUGCAGGUUUUGUGUUUGUUCACGUAUUGCAGUGUGGAAUUUGCUAUCUUAGCCAUCAUGUCUUAUGACAGAUAUCUUGCUAUCUGUUAUCCUCUGCAAUAUAACACACAGAUGACAACUAAAAAGAUUAUCAUGCUUAUCGCUGUAAGUUGGUUGCUCCCUUUUCUUGCAAUGGUGGUGUUGAUAUCCUUAAGCUUCUCUUCAAAGCUCUGUGGUAACAUCAUUAACAAAGUGUACUGUGACAACCACUCCAUCGUUAAACUGGCCUGCUCCGACACAACAGUCAGUAACAUCUAUGGACUUAUUGCCACUGUUCCCAUAAUCUUAUGUCCAGUAUCUCUGAUCUUUUACACGUAUAUGAAGAUCCUUAAAGUUUGUUUUUCAGGUUCUAAACAGACCAGACAAAAAGCUGUCAGUACCUGCACACCUCACCUGGCUUCUCUGAUCAACUUCUCUUUUGGUUGUUUCUUUGAAAUAUUACAGAGCAGGUUUAACAUGGAAAGUACACCUAGCAUGUUGCGAAUAUUUUUAUCUUUAUACUUUCUUACAUGUCAACCCCUUUUCAACCCUGUAAUGUAUGGACUGAAUAUGUCCAAAAUCCGUAUUGUGUGCAAAAGUUUGAUCUUUACUUGUCAGUCAAUCAAAUUUUGCCAUCUUCACCAGUAA